AGCUGCCAGGGGGAGAGCAUCCAGCGCUGGGAUCUCUGCGGUUGAUUGCUGCCUCCAAAUUGGACCCAACUGCAGCUAGAGAGGAACUGGUCAGAGCCCAGCGCUCGCACCCCAGUGUUCAUCUGUCUCAGUGAGAGAGGAGAGGUGACACAAGGCGUGGGUCCCAUGGAUUCGGAGCAGCCGCUUAGUGGAAGAAAAGGUGACCUGCCUCACCUCAAACACAGGACAGCUGUUUGGUGGAAAGUCCUGCUGAUCAUGGGUGUUGUACUCACAACCGUUGUUGUGAUAGUUGUGGUUCCCAUCGUACUUUUGCCUGGGAAAUCUCCACCCGAAUCCAAGCUGCCUCAUGUCUAUACCCCAGCCCAGCUAAAUGCAAAAUGCCCAGCCGCCUGCUGCCCGGAUGGCUGGGUCGGGUUUAGAGGGAAAUGCUAUUAUUUCUCUGAUGCCGAGGGGACCUGGGACUCCAGCCAGAGCCUCUGCUCUUCACUCAAUGCCUCCCUGGCUGAGAUCGACACCCAGAAAGACCUGGACUUCAUUAUGCGAUAUAAAGGCGUCUCUGAGUUCUGGAUUGGCCUGAAGCGAGAAACGGCGCAGCCUUGGCGAUGGGUGAACGGCAAACAGUUCAAUAACCUGUUUACGGUAAGAGGAGACGGCGACUGCGCGUACCUGAGCGAUGAUUUUGCCACUUCGUCAUGGUGCUCCACGAAGCGCUACUGGAUCUGCAGCAAACCCGACGGGAUGCAAAGGGAGGACGCGAUGGCGGGGGACUGAAGGGCGAAGGCUGGGAAAACGCCUCAAGGCCCAGCUGCCUGACGCUCCAAAUGUCGCUCAAUAAGAUCCUCAAUAGAGCUUGACAGAUUCUUUUUGUUGUUGUAAAUAAGCCUCUUUUCUAACCUGCUCUCUACUGUGGCCCCUGUAUAGCCUCUUUGUCCUGGGUGUAUAACUAAGACCCGGUCUACACUUAAAACUCACUCCUGAAUGCUGUAGCUAGGCCGACGUCACCCCCAGUGUAGACACAGCUAAGUUGACCUAGCUACCGUCACUGGGAAGGCGGAGUUCCUACAGUGAUGGGAAACCCCCUUCCCCCACUGUAGGAUGUGUCUGCUCUGGGGUUAUGCCAACGUAGGCUGCUGCCAUGUCCCCAUACUGUGGACAUGGAUUAAAACCCCUUCCCAGCUCCCCCUGCUGUUGUCUGUCAGGGUGUGUCUACACUGCAGUGGGGGUAUGUGAUUAAAGCAAUGAAGGUGCAGCAGCAAAGGUCUUUACCCAGGGUUCCAGCCUGUGUUGCUGCGCCAUCAUUGCUCCAGUAUGAGCUACAUUAAAAUUAGCAUGUGUAUGUCUACACGAAUGGCAACCAAACCCUGUGAUUGCAAUGUGGACACACCCUCAGCUCCGCUGUGCCGGCCGAGCAGGAAGGCAGGACUGCUUGAAAACGGACGGAGACUAUCGUAAACAGCAACAGGCUAAGACAAUCCACAGCAAGCAGGGAUGUGAGGCAGCCGCACACAACAUCCUCCCAAAGGAAGGAAGCUGCGGCAAGAGACAAGCAGCCAGGCUGUGGAUUUUCUUCGACUGUUGCAGAACCAGGCUCUGCUCGCUCAUGCUGUCUCCCAACCCUGAGCAACAAAGUUGUGAGUUAAGGUUAAAUGGGACAGGGAUCUGAACUCACCAAUGGGCCCCUUGUUGAGGCUUCU